AAUAGGCUAAAACAGUGAUUUAGCAGCAAGGAAAAUUAUUUUCAUUGUAAUUUUCGUUGAAGAACAGUUUGUUUCUCUCUCUCUCUCUCUCUCUCUCUCUCUAUUUCGUUCUCACCUAGCUCGAUCUACCCACCCGACCAAAGCGUACAAGGAAGAACUCACUGGCUAUCUUUUUCGCCAAUUUUUUUUGCUCAUACAACCGCCUUAGAGAUGAAAGAGAGUAGAGACGGAAUCAGGAAUGAUAGAAAAUCGAAAACUCCAUCAGUUGGUUCCCUUCCACUGAUUCUGGAUAUAGAAGACUUUAAGGGUGAGUUUUCUUUUGAUGCAUUAUUCGGGAACUUGGUAAAUGAACUUCUCCCAUCUUUCCAAGAAGAAGAAUCAGAUUCACCAGAAGGGCAUGGCAUUAGUGGGAGUGAUGUCUUGGCAAAUGGGCCUGCUAGAGGCCCUUCUGACGCAUCAAAACUUACGCAAGGGUCCUCCCCUUUAUUUCCAGAAAUAGAUGCUCUCUUGUCUCUGUUCAGGGAUUCUUGCAGAGAGUUGAUUGAUCUUCGAAAACAGGUUGAUGGAAAGCUCUCCAAUCUGAGGAAAGAUGUUUCUGUCCAAGACUCUAAGCACCGCAAGACACUUGCUGAGUUGGAAAAAGGUGUAGAUGGAUUAUUUGAUAGCUUUGCAAGGUUGGACUCUCGUAUUUCAAGUGUUGGACAGACUGCUGCAAAAAUAGGAGAUCAUUUGCAGAGUGCAGAUGCUCAGAGGGAAACAGCCAGCCAAACAAUAGAGCUCAUUAAGUAUCUGGUGGAGUUUAAUGGAAGCCCAGGCGAUUUAAUGGAACUUUCACCUUUGUUUUCAGAUGACAGUCGUGUUGCUGAGGCUGCUUCAAUUGCACAAAAAUUACGUUGCUUUGCUGAAGAAGAUAUUGGAAGGCAAGGCAUAUCUGUACCAUCAGUUAUGGGAAAUGCAACCGCUAGCAGAGGAUUAGAAGUUGCAGUUGCUAAUCUUCAAGAUUACUGCAAUGAGCUGGAGAAUAGAUUGUUGUCCCGGUUUGAUGCAGCAUCUCAGAGAAGGGAGUUGUCUACCAUGGCAGAAUGCGCUAAAAUUUUAUCUCAGUUUAACAGGGGUACCAGUGCUAUGCAACAUUAUGUGGCAACACGCCCAAUGUUCAUUGAUGUUGAAGUCAUGAAUGCAGAUACCAGAUUGGUCCUUGGAGAUCAGGUUUCUCAACCUAGUCCCAAUAACGUUGCUCGUGGGCUGUCAUUAUUGUACAGAAAUAUCACAGAUACUGUUCGUAAAGAGGCAGCCACAAUUAUGGCAGUAUUUCCUUCUCCUAAUGAUGUGAUGUCAAUUUUGGUGCAGCGAGUUUUGGAGCAGCGAGUUACAGCUCUUUUGGACAAAUUGUUAGUGAAACCAUCUCUUGUUAAUUUACCUCCUGCGGGAGAAGGUGGACUUUUGCUAUAUCUUAGAAUGCUAUCGGUGGCAUAUGAGAAGACUCAGGAACUUGCUAGAGAGCUACGAGCUGUGGGAUGCGGUGACUUGGAUGUUGAGGGUCUUACAGAAUCCCUGUUCUCUUCUCACAAGGAUGAAUACCCUGAAACUGAGCAGGCUUCUCUUAGACAGCUAUAUAGAUCAAAGAUGGAAGAAUUGCGUGCUGAGAGCCAGCUCUCUGAGUCAACCGGGACAAUUGGGCGGUCAAAGGGAGCCUCUGUGGCAUCUUCCCACCAACAGAUAUCCGUUACUGUGGUGACAGAAUUUGUGCGUUGGAAUGAAGAAGCAAUAUCAAGAUGCACUCUGUUUUCAUCUCAACCUACUACCCUUGCAGCCAAUGUAAAAGCAGUCUUCACUUGCUUGCUAGACCAAGUUGGGCAAUACAUAACUGAAGGUCUUGAACGGGCUAGAGACAGCCUAACUGAAGCUGCAGCUUUGAGGGAAAGGUUUGUUCUGGGAACAAGUGUUAGCAGAAGGGUGGCUGCUGCAGCUGCUUCUGCUGCAGAAGCUGCUGCUGCUGCUGGUGAGAGCAGUUUCAGAUCUUUCAUGGUUGCUGUGCAAAGGUGUGGCAGUAGUGUGGCCAUAGUUCAGCAAUAUUUUGCAAAUUCUAUAUCUCGCCUCUUACUACCUGUGGAUGGUGCUCAUGCGGCUUCAUGUGAAGAAAUGGCAACAGCUAUGUCCAGUGCAGAGGGUGCUGCUUAUAAAGGGCUUCAGCAAUGCAUUGAAACUGUUAUGGCUGAGGUAGAGCGAUUGCUUUCAGCUGAACAGAAGGCAACUGAUUAUCGAUCACCUGAUGACGGAAUUGUUCCUGAUCAUCGUCCAACAACUGCUUGCACAAGAGUUGUGGCAUACCUUUCUCGUGUGCUCGAGGCUGCAUUCACUGCAUUAGAAGGUCUUAACAAACAAGCAUUCCUGACAGAAUUGGGAAAUCGCUUGCAUAAGGGGCUGCUUAAUCAUUGGCAGAAAUUCACUUUUAACCCCAGUGGAGGACUGCGGCUAAAACGUGACAUAACUGAAUAUGGAGAAUUUGUGCGGAGUUUCAAUGCACCAUCUGUUGAUGAGAAAUUUGAAUUGUUGGGCAUAAUGGCAAAUGUAUUUAUUGUUGCUCCUGAAAGUCUCUCCACUUUAUUUGAGGGUACCCCCAGCAUCCGUAAAGAUGCACAAAGGUUUAUUCAGCUUAGGGAGGACUUCAAGAGCGCAAAACUUGCAUCUAGGCUUAGCUCCUUGUGGACAAGCUGAUAUAAAACUUCCCUUAUUCCUGGAUUUCUCGCACAUGUCAUUGAUUUUUUACCUCAAGCUGUGUGGAAGCUAUCAAGUUUGAUCGAGUUGUUAGCUAUAUAAGACAUUUUUAGAGAGCUGGAUGGAGGCUAGCUGUAUUCCAAUGCCAUGGAGCCAUCUUUGAACAAGAAACCAGGUAGAAAAGAGUUCUGUUCAAUUUCUCAAAAAAAUUUUCCUUUAACAUUUUUUUUUAUUGUAUAUUUUGAAGCUAUUUUUGAAAAGAUGUGAUAGAUUUGUAUCUUUAUUCCUCUAUUUUAGAUUUUAGGUUUGCAGUUUUGAUUUAACCAUCCCAAGAAAGAAUCUGUUGUCCUCUGUAUCCUUGUAAAUGGUACUCUUAGGGAUGAAUAAUGACAAAUUAGGGUUGAUUUUGUUGCACUGCUUGAUGCUUGAAUGUUUGCUGUAUACUUGAAUAUUGAUGAAUUUAGUAUUUAUUAUUAUUAUUUAUUUUA